AUGGUGUUUACUACUCGUGUCAAAGAGAGCUCAAAUUUUGAGUUACUCAAUAAUGAUGUUUUCCCUGAUAAUAAUGAGAAUGUCAGUGACGAUGAUCUAUCUAACGAUGCUCUUGUUGAAUCCUAUAAGACUCCUUAUGUUAAAAGUGGAUUGAAGAAUCCCAAAUUGUUGAAGGGAGGAAGGAAAGGAUUGAAGUGUACAAGCAAAACUAAAGGAGUCAUUGAUCUGAAACUGGAAGUUAGUAAAAUCCGUUUGGAAGAUAUAGUCGCUGCUGAAGUAGAAAAGAAAUUGAAAGCAAUGAAUAUAGAGAAUAGAAACAAUUAUAAAAACAACACCGCCUCUAUAAAAAAUCUUGAAGUUCAGCUGGGUCAAAUAGCACAACAAAUAGCAAGUUCUCAAACACCAGGUUCCUUACUAAGUAGAACAGUUCAAAAUCCAAGAGAUCAGGAGAAUGUUAAUACCGUCACGACGAAAAAGAAAAGGGCCGCUAAAAAGGAAAAAGUUAUACCACCUGAAAAGCCAACUGAGGAGAAAAAUAAAAAGGAUACUAAAACGGUGAUUAAGUUACCCUACCCUCAGAGAGUGACAAAGAAGGAACCAAGCAAGUCAGACUAUGAGAAAUUCAUGACAAUGUUUAAAAAGGUAGAGGGUCAUGUGUCUUUGUUUGAAGCACUCGAGAGAAUGCCCAUGUAUAAUGGAAAAGAGGUAAUUUUCGAGAAGAAACCAAAAGCAGAAGAACUGGUAGCCUUGAGGGAAAAGAGUAGUGUAAAUUCACUAGAGCAGAAAAUUCUAAACAAACAGAAGGAUCCUGGAACGGUAACAAUAUCAUGCACAAUUAAAGAAAGAACCUUCAAAAGGGUACUAAUUGAUUCUGGAGCUAGUGUGAGUCUAAUGCCAUUAUCAAUCUAUCACAUGUUGGGUAUUAAAAAUGUCAGUGAUACAAAGACAAAUCUGAAGUUUACAGAUCACUCGAGAAAGGAUGGAUAUGGUAUAGAAGAAUACGUACUGGUAACAAUAGAGGACUUGAGUUUUCAUAUUGAUUUUGUGAUCCUAGACAUACCUGAAGAUGAAGAGACACCCAUCAUUCUAGGUCGACCUUUCAUGCAGACAAGUCGAUGCAAUCUCGACAUGGACCAGGGCACGUUAACCUUAAAAGUUUACGAUAAAGAAAUAACAUUGAAUUUUGUGGAAUACCAGGAGCUAGAGGUAGAAAUAGAACAUCACUAUCAAGUAGGCUUGAUCAAGAUAGAGGCGAGAAGGCAAAUUAACAUACCAACAUCAGAGAAAGAUACAAGAAGACACUCUUAA